CACGCUCCCGUCCCGCUCGGCAGCCGCGGCCGGCAGCGGCAGGCGCGCAGCGGCGAUGCCGCAGGCGGGCAUCCACGCGGGGUCCCGGGGCACGGCGCUGCUGGCCCUGUCGCUGGUGCUGGCAGGGUCCCUGGGCGGCGGGCAGCACUACGACUACUAUGGGUGGCAGCCCGAGAGCCUGCCCCACGGGCGCUCCUACGGGCGGGAGCCGCAGUGCCUCGACAUCCCGCCAGACAUGCAGCUCUGCCGCGACGUGGGCUACAAGCGCAUGCGGCUGCCCAACCUGCUGGAGCACGACACCAUGGCCGAGGCCAAGCAGCAGGCUGGCAGCUGGGUGCCCCUGCUCGCCAAGCAGUGCCACACCGACACCCAGCUCUUCCUGUGCUCCCUCUUCGCCCCCGUCUGCCUUGACCGGCCCGUCUACCCCUGCCGCUCCCUCUGUGAGGUGGUGCGUGACUCCUGUGCCCCUGUCAUGGAGUCCUACGGCUUCCCCUGGCCUGAGAUGCUGCACUGUGGCAAGUUCCCCUCUGACCACGAGCUCUGCAUCGCCGUCCAGUUUGGGAACAGCAAAGCCACGCCGCCACCAGUGUCCAAGAUCUGCACCCAGUGUGAGAUGGAGCACAAGGCGGAUGGCAUGAUGGAGCAGAUGUGCUCCAGUGACUUUGUGGUGAAGAUGCGCAUCAAGGAGGUGACGGAGGAGAACGGGGAGCGGCGGCUGGUGGCUGCCCAGAAGAAGAAGGUGCUGAAACUGGGCCCGCUGAAGCGCAAGGACACCAAGAAGAUGGUGCUGCACAUGAGGAACGCAGGUGCCUGCCCCUGCCCCCAGCUCGACAGCCUCAGUGGCAGCUUUCUGGUCAUGGGCCGCAAGGUGGGCGGGCGCCUGCUCCUCCUGGCCAUCUACCCCUGGCAGAAGCACAACAAGGAGAUGAAGUUUGCAGUCAAGUUCAUGUUCUCCUACCCUUGCCCGCUCUACCACCCCCUGCUUUAUGGGGCUGGGCAGCACUAGGGCUUUUUGCCCACUCUGCCCUUUCCCAGAACUCCUGCACUGGCCCAGCAUCCCACCCUGGCCUCCCUAGCUGCACCCCAGGACCUCAGCUCUGCUCACCUCAGCCCCUUGGUUGUGCCCCAGAACCCAGCUCUGCACCUGCAGGAUUCCCUGCUGUAUUUAUGGGAGCCCUGAUCCACAGCCAGGACACUUGCCUCCUCUCGAGAGCCCUUCUCUGCACCCCUGGGACCUUGUUCUGCUCCAAGGGCCCUCACCCCUAUCCAGGAGCUUAGUCUAGACCUGGGACCCUUGUUCUGCAUGCUUGUGAGCCCUGCCACACCUGUGACCCCUACCCUGCAGCCAUGUCCUCUGCCCAGCUCCCUCAUGAUAUGCCACAGACCCUCAGCCCCCCAGUCCCUAUUCCAGCCCACCAACACAUCCUAUGCCCUCAGCUGGAGUUCACAUCCAGCCCUGGAUUAUCUCACCUUUCAGAGAUCCAGCCCAGCCCAGGCAGGUCCCUCUUGCUCCUCUGUUCCCACAGACUGACUCCCUCCAGAUCGAGUGCCCAGAGCUGCACAAGCCCUUCCUGGGCUGCCCCACUCCCCACACUGUGCUCAGUCUGUGAGGGGGGUCCACCUCCAAGUGCCCCAGACCAGCCCUGCUGCAUCCCUCGCCCACGCCCUGCUGUGACCCAGCCCACUCACCCCUCGGCCGCCACCACCGCAGUAAAUUAUUCCAGCUCAGAGAUGUCUGUGUGCCACUCACUGCAGCUCAUGGGUAAGAGCCCCUUGGCGCUCCUUCAGGGACCCCAGAAGAAUGGGAAGGGGGUCCCAGUCCUGCUCACUGAGCGAGGCAGCCUGAGAGAGCGAGGUCACCUCAGGAUCUGGCUGUAGCCCCACUCCAGGUGCUGUGCCCAGAGCCUGAACAUGGGCAGUCCGGCCAAGCCUCCGGCCAAGCCAAGGGAUGUAGUUCCUAGUGGUCACAGGCAUCCCUGGAGACUCAGGCACCCCUGCCACUCCAGGGAGCCUGGGAGGGCACUGAGAUGAGUAGGAUGGGGGGACAGGGCCAUCACUGCUGCUGGAGCCUCACAGCUGAGUUUGGCAGUGGUUUGCCAGGGAAGUUUCUUCCUUUGUCACCCCAGGGGAUCAAUCCAUGGUCUGGGAGCUCACAGCACUUGUGAGAAGCCUGGCACUGAGCAUCACAGUGGGCAGAUACCGCACCAGGCAGCCUCCAACCCUGUCCUCCCCACACCAUAUCAUCUGAAAGUCCUCUCUGCAGCUCCCUGCCAGCCCUGCUUGGCUGCCAGACCUCCCAUGCCACAACCUCCAGCUUCCUCCAAAAUGAUUCCUCAGGCCACCCACCUACGCUAGCUAGGACCUUCCCAAAAGCCCAAGGACCAGGGCAGCCCUCAGCCCAGCCCCUCUGAUGGCAGCAGGGGCUGUCCCUUAGCUCAGCCGCCCUCCCCAGUCCCAGCAGGAGAGGGGGCAGCUUGAGUGACCCAGUGGUGUUCCAGGUGUGCUUGUAUCCAGCCGUCCCAAAGGGUGAGGGGCCGAAGGUGCCUGCCAGGACAUUCACCCAGUGCCUGGCUGCCUGACACUCUCUUCUCUUGGGAGCUGGCCCGGCCUCAGGGAGCCUCCUGGGACAAGCAGGAAAUUGAGGCUGCAGGAUGUCUGCACCCCUCCUCUUCUGGCUGACAAGAGCAUUGUGUGCCUGCCCUGCUCUGGGGUGACCUCUUCUCCCUCUGCCCUCCUUGGGCAUGGCCUUGGCCCCACUGGUCAGCCUCCAGAGCCCCAAAUCCCCGCUCUGGCCAGGGAGAGGUGCCUGUGCCCCUGCCCCACAGCCAGCCAGAAACAUGGGUCAACCAGCCCUUGCCCCAGCCUCGCACCAGGAAUGGGCCCUGGGAAAAAAAUGGGCCCUCCCUGGCCACUGGGAAAAAAUGGGAAAAAAAUUAAAAUAUUAUUAGGUUUGUUCAGAGCUUGACUGCGGAGCACACUUUCAUAGGAAUAAACACUGUCAAUUACAACAUUUUAUUGCAAAGCUUAAAAAGCAUAAAUAAACCCCAUCUCCCACA